AUGAGAAUUUUCUCAAGUGUUGUCAAUGUCUCUUAUGGUACAGGCUCCACCUUUGUAACUGUUCAGAAAGGAAAUGCAUCAGUUGAUAGUUUAAAAGGAAUGCAAAUUUGGAAAAUAUUUACAAGAAAAGGUUACAAACAAACAAGAAAUAGAAAAGGUACAAGAGACGGAAAACCAAGUUCAUCGAUCAUUAUCUCUGCCAAUACCACAAAGAUUCUCAUUCACAGCAUCGGAGCAAG